AACCAGUGUAAGAGUAUCCUGACCGUAAAUCGAGACUCUAUCCUGAUUUUUUCUACCCUUGGUUAGGUUCUAUUCCUAUACCCCAGAAAACCAUCUCCAAAAUCCAAAGUGAACCCUAAACUUAGAACCCUUUGUUCCAACUUUUGAAAGAGAAUGAGACAAAGAGCAGAGAUUUCUCUUGCAUGUGUUGAGAGGUUGGUAAUUUAUCAAGUGGGAUAGACCCCACAACAGAGAAUUCCCUCCAACCAACCAAAUCCACUCAUACAACCCUCUUAAUUCCUUCAUUCAAUCACUAUUACCAUUACUUCAACACUCUUAAUUCCUUCGCUCAAUCACAAUUGCCAUUACUUCACUUUAAAUUCAUUCACUGACUUUUCUCAUUUUUUUAGUUUUUUCUCUUGGUUUCUUUUGUUUUCAGAUGCCAGGAACAAUUCAAGUUUCAGUGUUCGAUUUAUUGGAUUUUCCAUCUUCCUCUUCUUGGACGAUAUCAAUUAAAGUGUCAAUUGGGAAGAGAGAGUUCCGGACAUGGGAUAAAGGAGAAUUUUCGUUCCCAUUAAUGACUCUCCGUGAUAACAUUAUCGUAACAAUCCAUGAUGCUGAGGGCAAAGAACUGUCCCGAACAGGUGUGGCGAGCAUGUCGGUAGUUGAGAAAGGAAUUGUGGAUGAUUUUUUCGUCCUUGAUGGAGGUGGGAGACUGCACAUGAAGUUGCAGUUCAUUCUCAAUAGUGCAGAGCGCAAGAGAAUCCAAGAACUGAGAGAAAUUGCGAUGAAGAAAAAACAAGAGGAGAUUCUCAUUGAUAGGGCCAGACAUUCAGAAGCUGCUGCAUUGGCUAGCUUUCGUAGUAACGCUGGGUCGUCAUCUAUGUCUCUCAACCACGAGGUCACAGAUUCAUCAGAAAGGCUUGUGCAAAAAGAAGCUGAGAGCAGUGGUGCAGAAUUUCCCAGAAAUGCUGAUAAUCGGAGCAAAGACAUGUCUGAUUCAUUAAAUGAAGAUGGAGUUCUGGCUGCUCAAUUAGCGCAUCCAGAUCCCAAAUCUGCUUUUAUCCUAAAGAAUCCAUUGCAGACUCCUAGUAGUCACAGGAAGGAUUCAAUACCGGGCAUAGCAGAUAGCCAGGAAAUUAUCCUCGAUCGGUCAGAGGAACCAAUUCUAAGUGAUGUAGAUGGAGGGGAUGAUUUGUCAACAGUUCUGGUGACAGAAGAGCCUCAAAUCCAUCAUGCUAAAGCCGAAAAGCAAGAUAUUGACAAGAUGAAGAUUCAGGUACCUCCUGUUGAAGUUCCUACAAGUUCUGGUGAAGGAACUUUAUCAACAGUUCUGUUGUCAGAAAAGCUUCAUAUCCCUCAGAAAGUCAUCGACAAGAUUGAGACUCCGCUAACUUCGGUAAAUAUUCCUACAAAUUCCGGUGAAGGAAUUACUUUAUCUACGGUUGUAGUGUCAGAAGAGCUUCAAAUCCCUGACGGGAAAUCCGAUGAGAAAGUUAUUGAUGAGAAUGAGACUUCGAUGCCUCCUGUUGCUAUUCCAACUAGUACCAGUUUAUCGAAAACAUCUUUAGGUCCUGAUGUAAAAGAAGUACCAGAGAAUCGUAUUGUAAAGAUUACUGGUACUGAAUUAACUUCGUCAGAUACUCUUAUGAGAGCCAUUUCUUCAUUGGAAGCUUCAGACACAAUUGGAGUAGAUCGAGACUUAAACGAGAGCAAGUCUACGUUACCUCCUGCUGAUAUUCCAGUGAGGCCAAUUUCAUCACUUGAGGAGUUAGAUUCCCGUUCAUCAGAGGAUUCAGUUUCAAGCAAAUUCGAAGAAGAUCAAAUCCUGAAUGAGAACAAGACUCCAGGAUCUCCCACUGAUAUCCCACUUAAGCGCAUUUCCUCACUUGUGGAGUUAAAUUCUCAUCCGGGUAACUAUUCUAUUUCAACCAAAUCUGAGGUAGAGCGAAGUUUGAACACCAACGAGACUCUGAUACCCCCCACCGAUAUCCCAGCGAACCUCACUUCAUCACUUAAGGAUCCUGACAACCAUUCAGAUUCAAGCAAAUUUGGAGAAGUACAGAUGCUGAACAAGAGCAAGAUGCUGGUACAUGGAAAUUUUGGGGCCCAUUCACGUUCUAGCAAAUUGGAAGAAGACCGUGUUGUUAUUCCUGAGAAGCCUAGUGUAGUGAAAAGAACUCCAAGUAACGUAAGGAAGAUGAUAAGUGCUUUCGAAACUAGUCAAGCUAAGGUGAUUCGUGCUGAUCCACCGAUUAUCAGAACCCAGCCAAUGAAGAGUAAAUUUAACAUUUCUCCAGCAGAACCAACAGUGAAGGAAGUUAUGAAAGAUCUGAAUUACAUUAGAGAAACAAAAGAUGGAGGUUUGCAGCAAAAUGGAAAAGAAGGUAGACAUGCAUAUGAAACAUCACAGGAAGAGUCAAAGACAUACAACACACAAAUAGCUGCAGAAAUGGGGUCAAGGUUUUCGGCGGCAGUGAAGACUCAGGAGAGGAAUUUGCAAGAAAGUGCAAGUGAGAUCAGACAACAAAUUCCAGUUAGUUUGGAUCAGGAUGGAAGAGAUAAGUUAUGUGAACAAGACCCGUCUCAGGAACAGCUAAUAGAGGCAACUACUUCUCCAAGUCAAAUGCCUGCUGCUACCAAGCUUCUCGAGACGGAUCAACAUCCUAAUAUCGCGUACCAACUGAGAAUGUGUGCACAGCAUAUAGAGAAGCCGAUAUUAGUUGAAUCUGGAUGUGGCAAAACACAACUGCCAGAAGAUUAUAGGGCUAAAAAGUAUCCGGUUAGUAAUUCAGGAAGUUGCAUACUCACAGAUGAAUCGAGGCCUGUAUGUAUUACAACUGGAAGUAAGCAAUUAAUGAAUCUUUUGGGAGGUAGUAGUAACUUCUCAGAAAUUGAUCGGGGGGAGAAUAAUUCAUACCAAACAGACAUCACAAAUGAGCAAAAUUUGCACAACAUUUGUGGUGAGGUGCAGAAAAUCGGGAAACCUCCUGAUGAUACGAGAAAAUCCAACCUUGAAGGGCCACAAAAUGUUAUCGAAGGACUCAUUGGACAGGCAGGAAAGGUUGCAGCCAUAGUUGCAUUUGGGGCCCUUGUUAUUUUUGCUAGAGAAAGAUAAACUACGUCGGCUGGUGGAUAUCCGAUUACAUAUCGUUUUCAGCUGCACGUUGAUCACAAUCAUUUGUCCUUACGGAAUUCACAGCCAAUGUCUUCCGAAUAUGCGUCUUUCUUAAUCUUUUUGUAUAGAUUUAGACGAAAAAUGCAAUAAUAAGAAAUUUUCCUGUCUAGAUGAAAAAUGCACACAUGUAAGCUUAAAAUGGAGCAAUUUCUGGUUCUAGUACACAGCUAUUAGGUCGUCCAUUCAUUCAAGAUCUGGUGCAUGGUCCACAAAGAUGCACACAUUAUAUUUUGUCACUUAACUCUAUCUUCUUGUACCCAUAUCCGUCUUUGGUUAGGUCAAUGUCAAGAAAUUAGAGUCUAUUCAAUGAAUGUAGUAGUAUUAUCUUUCUUUAUACACCACACUGUACUACUUUAAGGGAGUA